UAAAAUAACGCAAUUUGAUAAAAAAAAUAACCAUGGCGGAUGAGACCGCUGUCUUGCUGAACAUCAGCGAUAUGAUCGAUCUGGCGAUCGGCACGCCUGAGGUCGGUGUGGUGGACUUCAACAUGCUGCAAACGGUCCUGCACUGCCUCGCCCAGCAACUACGAGUCCUGGGCAAGAAUGUGGAGUUGAGAGGCAGCGUGGCUGCUCUGCCUGUGGGCAGGGAGAACGUUCAGACUAUAGCGAUCAGCGAGUUCUUGGUCGACACUGACGAUAAGGCUUCAGGUAUUGUGGCGAAAAACGAGAUAACUGUUCCUCAAAGUCCGCGGCCAAGUGAACCUGAGACGAUUUUAGUUGUGGAAAGAGUGAAGAAAACAGAUUCGCCAACCACCAUACGAGGAAGCCCUGCUCGGGACAGAUCCCCUCCCCCACCUCCCACUGCCCCCUCAUCAGUCGCACCACGACCUUCCCGCGGCCUCACUUCAUCAGAGAAACUGUCCCUGGUCACUCUGAGCAAGUUCAACCUAUUGGAGAACACCGUGGAAGACCUCAAGAGUCGAGUGUAUGGAAGCAUGCCUAAGAAUGAGGAGAUACUACAAGAAGUCAGAUCACAAACCAACUUGAAGGCGAUAACGGACAUGUGGACGUCCCUGAACGUGUCAUCACGACUAGAGGCGACAGAAGAAGGCAUAAGCAAGCUUAGCUCGCUCGUGCAGGACCUCAUAUCGGAAACUUCUGGACUACAGGACGCACUGAAACGACGCGCUUCUAAAGCGCCAGUAGCAGCACCACCUCCAGCACCGGCGCCGGCGCCCGCACCGGCUCCGGCGGCCCCUGCAGCGCCGGCGCCUGAUGCCGCUCCCGCCGCCCCCGCCGGACCGCCGCCCGCCUCCAAAGAAGAGCUUGGGGCCAUACAGAAACACAUCGAGAACAUGCGCAAGGAUCUGGACGAGUUGACUAACAACUUCUAUAAGACGCUUGAGGAGGUGCAGGCUGGUUUUGGUAAGUUCCAUAUUAUUAUCUCCCGCCGCCCCCGCCGGACCGCCGCCCGCCUCCAAGGAGGAGCUCGGGGCCAUACAGAAACACAUCGAGAACAUGCGCAAGGAUCUGGACGAACGCUUGAGGAGGUGCAAGCAGGGUUUGACGCCCAAGCGGCUACACCACCCCCACCGGCAGCGGCGGCACCAGCUGAAGCUGCAGCACCACCGCCUGAUCGCCGACAGUCAACGCAUCCUCGUCGGUCCUUCACACUGAUCACUGCUGACCUGAUGAAUAGAAUCAAUGAGCUGGAGAAGAAACUAAACAAAUGCUGCGACUCCAUUGGCAAGAGCGACGGCGCUAUACAAGACCAAAUAAAUUCAUUCCAAGAUCAACUGGAAUAUUUAUUGAAACAAGUGGCAACUUUGACGCAAGAUCUCGCAGCUGGAAAACUUUCUCCGGAUCUUAUAAAAGACUUACAAGGGUUGAUGCAGCUGUUCCAAACGGUCCAGGAUAUGCAAGAACAGUUGAAACAAGUUCACGAAACAGCUCUGCAGUUAGCUGCAGAAAAAGAAGACAGGCAGCAUAACAUCAAUGCUCUCUUAGAACAAAUAGAACUGCUGAAGACGGUCAAGCUGGACCGCGAAGACAUGGUAGAAGCGAUGGCUGAGAAGGCCGACCUACGGAUGCUGGCGAGGAAGGUCUCGCACGACCAGUUCGAGCUGGCCUGCGACGAUCUAUCCAGAGGACUCGAACAUGCUCUUGGGAAACUCAACCUACAGGAAGCACUAUGGCAACAAGCCUUGGACGACAUCCAACGCGAGAUCGAGAUGAAGCUAGACAAGAUGGAGCUGUCCCCAGUGAAGGACUUCUUCAACAGCAAACUGAAGCAACUGCAGGAGAAUCUGAAGCAGAUGGCCUCGCUAAGGCGAGAGGCCGAGGCAGCGGGAACCAAGAGGAAAUUGCUCAGAGACGUAAACUGCAUUUCGUGCGACGCGAAAGCGGUUAUGCCAACGGAGGCGGCCAGCUCUGUGCCGAUCAGCCGCCCUAUGCCAGCAAACCUGUCCAUGAAGCCCUACCUCAGCUACGAACUGGACGCGAUCCGCAAGACACAGCAGACCAAUGUGCCGCAGAGGAAUAUGCACGACUGGGAAGCCAUAGACAAGCAAAUGGGCUCGGGGAAGCAGCAGCCACCGCAGAAAGCCAGGUCGGAAACAGACAAGCACCUAUGCAACCGCUACUGCGGCGGGUCGCAUACGGUGACCACUCCUGCGCAGCGCGUUGCGCGUCUUGGCCACUUCAUCAAGCAGUGGGGCCCCGAUGUGUUGCCGCUGUCCUCUAGCUUGGCUACGGGUGAUGAUGGCAGGAUGUAUAAAGUGAGCGGCGGGGAAGCAGCUAAUGUUGGCCCAGGUGGCGCUGUGGAUGCUUGCACUCCAAAACCGGUUCCUUCGAAACAGGACAAACCAAAACCGCCUCAGAAGCCUAUGGUGAUAAGCGCGGAAUGUCGCUGCUUGGAUGGAGAUCGACCACCCAAAGGCUAAAGAACUUAAUAAUAAUAUGAUAAAUUAUUAUAAAAUGUCGCAUUUUGAUAGUUAUAUUAAUUGGUUGAAUCGUUAUUGUUCUUCAAGUUUUGUUUAGCUAAAUAUUUGGUAUUUUACUAAUCAUGUAAUGUGCAGA